ACUCCAGCCCACAGACGAGCCAUGCUGCCCAAGGAUCCCGAUGUGCUCGAAAAUCCAGUGGAGAUGGAUAUCAUGCAGCAAAAGGCUCAAAUCGAUACAUCUCGUUGGUGGCAUCGCUUCUCCAUUACGCUCAGGAUCUCGCUACCUCUCUUCCUGUCCAGGCUGUUCACAUCUGAUACGGGCGCGGUCGCAGACGUCGUCAAGAACGCCGCGAACGCUGUCGCGUUUCCGGAUCUGUACGAGGCCUCGAUCGCUGAGCUGCAAGACGGGCUCGAGAAGGGGUUGUUCACAAGUGAAGAUCUUGUCAAGGCUUAUUUUACAAGGAUCGAGGAAGUGAACCUGCAAGGUCCUGCUCUCCGUGCGGUCAUCGAGACCAACCCAAGUGCGCUUGCACAAGCGAGGGAACUGGAUCUUGAGAGAAAGGCCAAGGGUCCUCGCGGGGCUCUUCAUGGCAUCCCGAUUCUGUUGAAGGACAACAUCGCUACAUUGCAUUCAGAUGGCAUGAACACUACCGCAGGGUCACUCGCACUCCUUGGCUCGGUCGUGCCCCGAGACGCGGGGGUCGCGGCCCGACUUCGCGCAGCAGGCGCAAUUCUCCUCGGAAAGGCCAGCCUCAGCGAGUGGGCGAACUAUCGCGGGCACGUCCCAAACGGCUUCUCUGGACGUGGCGGGCAGGCGUCGAGUCCCUACGUUCCCCUCGGGGACCCGUCUGGCUCUAGCUCUGGCAGCGCGAUCGGCGCAGCGAUCGGUUUGUGUGCCGCGGCUCUUGGCACCGAGACCGAUGGCUCGAUUAUAUCUCCGAGUGAGAUCAACAACGUUGUGGGGGUCAAGCCGACUGUGGGCCUCACUUCGCGCGCGGGCGUAAUUCCCAUAUCCGAGCACCAGGACACCGUCGGGCCCAUGGCGCGCUCGGUCGCAGACGCCGCAACGGUCCUGUCAGUCAUCGCCGGCCGCGAUCCGCACGACAACUUCACGCUCGCCCAACCACCGGUUGUGCCCGACUACACCAAGGCGCUCGACAAGAAUGCGCUCAAGGGUGCACGCAUCGGCGUCGUGCGGCAGUUUGUCGACGGGAAUGAGAACGUUCUGGCGGCGCUGGACGCGUCCGUCGAGCUCAUGACCCGGAUGGGCGCAACUAUGGUCGACCCUGCCGACUUCUCAAACUAUGCUAUAGACGAGGCAAAGGAGAACGAGAUGAUCGUGCUUGAUACGGAAUUCAAGGUGGGGGUUGAACGAUAUAUUUCAGAACUUGUACACGUCCCAACCGGUGUGAAGACUCUGGCGGAUCUCAUCGCAUUCAACACCGCUCAUGCGAAUGAGGAGCUCGCUCCACCGUUCUGGACGGACCAAUCUAGGUUCAUUGGGUCCGGGAACACCACCGUAGACCAGGCUUACUUAGAUGCUCUAGCAGCCUGUAAAGACGUAGGCCAGACCCGUGGUAUCGACGCAACACUAAAGAUGCUCGACCUCGACGCCUUGAUCCUGCCCACAAAGGGCGCUGCUCGUCCGGCUGCCAUCGCAGGCUAUCCAAUAAUCACUGUCCCUCUUGGCUUCGAGCCGCCCGAUACGCCACUAGCACCGGCGGAUCCUGUUCGCUAUACUGGGCCGAACAAGCCGUUUGGACUCUCUUUCAUGGGCACCGCCUUCAGCGAGUUCAAGCUGAUCUCGUUCGCUUUCGCGUACGAGCAGGCCACCAGCACCCGGCUGAAGCAGCUUGCGUUCCCGGAGGCGAUUCCGAAGACCCAGCUUGCAGACAUUGUGGGGGAGUAGAUGUCCGCUGGGCGCUCAGUUUGGAAGAGUUUCAUUGUUGUCCCCGUAUCCGCACGUCAUACACCCGCUCCCGGUGCCUUAGAAUAUAGCGCUCUCGGGCGCCUGUAUCGAUGUCUCUGUUUCU